AAUCACCGUACUCUGUUAUGUUAUUGGCAAUCAUAAAGGCAAAGCCAGCCAAAUAUACCUAUUAGUUCCCGACAAAAACCAUUAAGAUAUCAUAAUACUUCCAUUUAAGUCUCAAAGACAUAAAUUUCUAUGAUUAUUUGACGUUUCAUAUUAUAUUGUCGCUGCUUUUGCUAUUUAAGUAAAACGUUCCAUCUGUGUCACGAAUCAACUAGGCCAUGAUUUCUUAUCACCAAUGUCAGGAAUGAUAAGACGGAAGUGCAUCGGCCCACUGGGAUGCAAAAUUGAUACCGCGUAUUCCGAGCGGUAUAGGUUUUCAAAUGAACCAUGAAUUACUCUUCGUUAAAAUUUAUUGCUUUAUUAUUUGCACUGUAAACAAUGAUGUUUACUAAAACGGUACUUCAUUUAUGUGCAUUUACCGUAAUACAAAAACUAGACGGUAUUUAUCUGAUCGGAAUUAUCUUUUAUCAAAAGCGGAGUCAAAAGCUCAUUUUCUGCUACAACUAUAUCAAAGUGUUAUGACCUCUUUGACGUUCAAAACAUGUCUUGAAGAUUUUCUUGUUAACUACGGACGUGAUAAGGGAACAAAUUAUUUUAUUCCUACUGUAUUCUGUGUUGUAUGACCUACGAAACUUAUCGCAUAAUAUAUGUAAAUAAGCAGCUAUUAUAGAAACACUCAAUUGUUAAAAUAAGAAAAUCAGAUGGCAAUGAAGCUUUGAUUUGUUUUAUUUUUAUCUCUUCGGGAAUCUGUACACGGAAUAUUUGCUUAGCAAAUUAUGGCGAAGAGCGCUCAAAAGUUUCCCAUCAUCUUUUUUAAUUAUAUUUUUAAUCCUUGUCAUUAUUAUGAUGUCAUUUUUUCUAUAUACUACCACUCAUCUAUUGUCUUUGACAUGUAACGCCAACCGUUACACGAUUUUUUAUAGAAAAUUAAUAGCAAACUCAUUUGCAAAUUUAUUAUAUAUGUAUUAGAACACCUGGCAACUAGAUCUGCAUGCACAAUGCACUUUGAAAUAAUGAUUUCGCUGGAAUAGCAUAUGCGAGAUAGCUUUUCGGACCAAGUAGUCGGCUAAAUAUUUACCGAGUAAAUAGGGACUUUGGUACUAAGAGCAAAGUAAAAUCGGCAUUACGGCUCUGUUAUGUAAAUAGUCUCGUUUAAUAUGCACACCAGUUCUUUUAGUUGUUGGAUGGUACUUGCCAUGGAUACAUUAAACGUUUUUGACUUUUUGGACAGAAUAGUAAAACUGAUUAAAGAGGAACACAUUCUAAAUCCCCAGGAAGCUAAUAAAGUCAUUGAAUAUGUAGAUCCCCACGAUUUGAAGAACAAAAUUGAUUUAUCCUUGGCGGCUCCGUGCGCGAAUUUGGAAGAGCUUGAAGCGGUUUGCAGAGAUAUAAUAAAAUACAGCAUUAAAACAAAUAGUGCGAAAUUUCAUAACCAGCUCUACGGGGGCACGGAUCUGUACGGUCUUGGUGCAACCUGGCUCGCUGAAUCACUGAAUACCAAUCAGCACACGUUCGAAGUCGCCCCCGUGUUCUCCCUAGUCGAGUUAGAACUCUUAGAGGAAGUUAAAAAAUUGCUCGGCUAUACGCAGGGCGAUGGGAUUUUUUCCCCAGGCGGUAGCAUAUCAAAUAUGUACGGGAUGGUCCUCGCCCGCUACAAAAAAUUCCCCGAGACCAAAACAAAGGGCCUCCAUGGCUUACCAGUCCUGGUCGCCUUUACCUCGGAAGAAGGACAUUAUUCUCUCCAAAAGAGCGCGCAGUGGCUGGGUCUAGGCACCGAUAAUUUGGUUAAGAUUAAAACCGAUAAUUUCGGACGGAUGAUUGCCGAGGAGCUCGAAAAGGCAAUCAUCUCGAGGAAGGCGCAGGGCCACGUCCCGUUUUUUGUCAACGCUACUGCAGGGACCACGGUCGUGGGCGCGAUUGACCCUUUAGAUAAGAUAGCCGAUAUUUGCGAAAGGCACCAGCUUUGGCUCCACAUCGACGCUUGUUAUGGAGGCACUCUUUUACUUUCUAAAAAUUUUAAAGAACGGCUGGAGGCAUCGCACAGAUCGGACUCGUUUGCUUGGAACCCACACAAAAUGUUAGGUGCUCCAUUGCAAUGCUCAAUAUUUAUAACAAGACAUAACAAUAUUCUUCAUGAAUGUAAUUCAGCUUCAGCUGUCUAUUUAUUCCAGCAAGAUAAGUUUUACGAUGUCUCGUACGAUACGGGGGAUAAGAGCAUACAGUGCGGCCGCAAAGUUGACGGUUUCAAAUUAUGGGUAAUGUGGAAAGCUCGUGGCAAAGCGGGGUUCGCAAGCCUUGUGGAUAAUGCCAUCGACUGUGCUAAUUAUUUUAGGUCAAAAAUUUCGAAUUUGGAGGGUUUUAGACUGGUUCAGGAUGAGUUCGAGACCACGGCUGUUUGCUUUUGGUACAUUCCUCGUAGCAUGCGCUCCGGGAAAGAAGACGCCGAAUGGUGGAAAAAAAUGAACAAUGUGGCUCCCGCAAUUAAAGAAAAAUUAGUGAAGAGUGGCAAACUGAUGAUAGGUUAUUCGCCUUUGGUUCAUCGAGGUUUCUGCAAUUUUUUUCGCAUGAUUACCACUUGUCAUCCCGUUCCGACUUAUUCGGACAUGGACUACGUCAUCGAGCAAAUAAAACAAAUUGGGGAAGUUAUGUAAUUUUUCUUUAAUAAAUACAUGAGUCGUAAAAA